CUUCCCUACACACAUGAGAACACUCCAAUAGUCUCUUCUUCUUCCUCUUGCCUCCAUCUGUCAGAGUCUCUCUCUAUUUUUGCUUAAUCUCCCCCCUAUCAAAAAUGAAAAUGCUGGGUUUGGUUUUAUGUAUUCUCACAAUUCUUGCGGACUUCACAACAAUUACUGAAGCAAGAAUCCCAGGAGUUUACAAUGGAGGUGGUUGGGAAACUGCUCAUGCUACUUUCUAUGGUGGCUCUGAUGCCUCUGGCACCAUGGGAGGUGCGUGUGGGUACGGUAACUUGUACAGCCAAGGCUACGGUGUGAACACGGCGGCUCUAAGCACGGCUCUGUUCAACAACGGUUACAGUUGCGGCGCAUGUUUCGAGCUCAAAUGCGCGAGUGAUCCUAAGUGGUGUCACUCGGGUAGCCCUUCCAUCUUCGUCACGGCGACCAACUUUUGCCCCCCGAACUUUGCUCAGCCCAGCGACAAUGGCGGAUGGUGCAACCCUCCUAGGCCUCACUUCGAUCUCGCUAUGCCUAUGUUCCUCAAGAUCGCCGAGUAUCGCGCCGGAAUUGUCCCCGUCUCUUUCCGCCGAGUGCCAUGUCGGAAGAUAGGAGGAAUGAGGUUCACGAUCAACGGUUUCCGUUACUUCAACUUGGUUCUGGUCACAAACGUUGCCGGCGCCGGGAACAUAGUGCGGCUGAGCGUGAAAGGAACAAGAACUUCGUGGAUGAGCAUGAGCCGAAACUGGGGGCAAAACUGGCAGUCUAACUCUGUAUUGGUUGGUCAAGCACUUUCUUUUAGAGUCACAAGCAGCGACCGUAGAAGUUCCACGUCAUGGAACAUCGCUCCCGCUCAUUGGCAGUUUGGACAGACUUUCAUGGGAAAGAACUUCAGAGUCUAAAGGCGAAUCCAUCUACCAAUACCCCCCAUUUAUUAGUAUCAUCUAUUGUAUUAUUAUUACUAUCAAAAUUUCCAAGCCGAAGGCAACUAGUAAUUGAGAAAUUAUUAUAUAU